AUGGCAUUAAAUGCUAGUGUACUAAAAGAUGUGGAAGCCGAAGAAUUUUAUCACGGAUUUUUGCCUCGUGAAGACAUUUCAGCUAUUCUCAAACGAGUUGGUGAUUAUAUAUUACGUUUGACACAACCAAAACCAGGUGACCCGAGGGAGUUGGUCAUAUCAGUGCGUGCAUCAAUGGAACCGUCUUCUGAUUCGGUGCGUUCCACUUAUGAUUUUUUUAUUGUGAAGAGUGUUUGUGAAGAGAAUGAGUUUUUUCUCUUCACAAACACUACCUCAAUACUUUGA